AUGUGGAAUUGGCUAUGCGAUGUUGCUGACACUGUCUGGCACUGGACUUGUGACCUUGUCGAUGGUGUGUGGAAGUUCAUCGUCCGUAUUGGCGAGGAGAUCUACGAGAUCGCUCUGACGACAAUCACAUCAAUUGUGAAAUGUGUCACCUGGGUCUUCAAAAAGAUCAGUGCUUUGAUCAAAGAUAUUAUUGAAUUCAUCAGUUAUCUGUUUGGAUGGACAGAUAUUCUGGCUACAACAGACAGUGUGGCCGCAGGGUUCAACGCAGCAUUAGAUUACGGAGAGGAGCUACUCAGCGGAGCUGACCUCAACGUGCAUAAGUGGUUGGAGAAUGUUCGCACCACUAUCCUGCAAAAUCUUACUGAUCUCCAAGCCAAUGACUAUAACCAAGCGCGGGUUAGCACGGAGAAGAUGGCAUCACAUCAGGAUGCCGCGGCCACAAACGACGGGGGCGGCAACGCGGACCAGGGUGACGACGAUGAAAUCAAGGCUGGAGUGACAUAUAACUGGUCCACGUACUGUUUCACCUAUGGCGGGGGGCCGACGAAUGCGGUGCUGCACGAUGACACCACUCUCGUGGCGGCGGACAGCACCCAAGACCAGCUGGUGACGCUAUGGGACGAUGUCCAAGACGAGGUCAAGAUAAUCAUGAAGACCCUGAUGAACGUGGCCAAGGAUCUGGUCGAGUUCUUCAACCCCGCCAACUUCAGCGUGCGGGAUGUCGUUAAUAAGCUGGAAAGCGACCUGAUCAACGGGGUGAUCGAUGCUUUGGAGAAGUUAGCUGACAUCCUGUUUGAUGCCCUGAAGCUGGGCAUCAACAUGAUCCGCGAUCUGGCCACCAAAGAGGUCGAUAUUCCCGUGGUUAUGUGGCUGUGGAAGAACGUGAUCGCCCGCGGACGACCCUUGACAAUGCUGAAUUUCUGCGCCCUGUUAAUCGCCAUUCCCACCACGGUGCUGUAUAAAGCCAAGAAGAAGCGUGCGCCCCCGAAGUUGCAUGGGAGGUUGACGAAGAGCACCUUUGCCCAGUAUGUUCAGGGUCAGGGAGACGCAUCGCUCGCGUCGGAUAUCCUGGGGUUCAGUCGUGCCUCGGGGUCAAGGGUGGUCCUAGUGGGGGGAGAGUUCGACAUGCUUUCGCUGGGGGUCGAUGGCGUCUUCGAGGGGCUUGGGCUGGAAACGAUCCCGAUUGGACCUAUCGACAUUUUGAUGAAUGUGUUGGAUUCGGCGUCGCUCACCUUCGAGGCCGUGGGCGGGUUCUCGACCUGGCCAGUCGGGGGAACCCCGGCCGCUUUAUCCGGCGUGCCCACCGCGCUGGGCACCAGGGAUGCUAUCAAAUAUGCGGGAUGGGUCCUCACAGGGGCUGAUUCCUUAGCCGGCACAGUUGUCAAGAUCGUGGGCAAGAAGAAGGAAUUGGAACGACCGGUGAUCAAACGAUGGAAGGGAACAGUCAGUACCGUACUGUCGAUUCCAACAAUCUGUCUUUCCCUGACGGGAGAUAUUAUGGAUGCCAGCCAAGACAGCAAGAAGGAGGUCUUAAUUGUGGACGGAUUCAUAGGAACAGCAGCCUCGUUUGGCGCAACUUGGGGAAAAUCGGUGGCAAGGUGGAACGACGAACUCGAGAAUGAGCUCAUGUAUAUAGGGUUGGCCGUCUACCAGUUUUGUACCCUGGUCAAUUACGGCUUGAAGAUGGUUGAUUUUGUUGUUGAAGAACUGGACUGA